AUGACCCUACUCGAGACGGGUCGAGCGGUACUGUCAAGCUCACUCCUCAAUCUACGCGGAGGUGACAUUUUCAGUUUGAGCGAGUCUACUCCUGAGCUGGUAGAACAAUUCACCAAAAGCCGCGCUUUUCUUGACGAAAACAGUGCUAUGGCGCGCGCUUUGAGGGCAGUGGAAGAUAUCGAAAAUCACAGGUACCGUGUCGGGCUUAGGUCUCAAUAUGCCCGCCGGAUCUACAAGGACAAGCUGACCAGAGCGAUUGAGUCGAUUCGCAAGAAGCCAAUGUUUGAGGGCUUCAUGAGCCAUGCAACCGAGACUGAUAUGCUGCAUGCGGCAAAGGAUGGACCAAUGGUUGCACUAAAUGUUACUCAUCAACUGCCCAACCUCGAUAUCCAAUCCAUCCAAGCCCGCAGCUCAGAUCCACAGUCGGUCGAGACGCUGAGCUGGCUCUGGGACAACAUCGUCCUACCUGUGUUGGACUACCUCGGCUACCAUGGUCCCCCCGCUGGCACUGGCAACUCAGGCUCCAUGCCACACAUUUGGUGGACUCCACCGGCUCACUGA